AUUACAACAGACUCAAACCGCAGAGGAAGAGUGAGAGAAAUCGGAGAGACCAAAGCAGCUUUUCAAUGAAUUGCACAGCAGCAACAUGCGCUUACUAGCCACGCCUGCCUUGAACAUCACAACAAACUAGGAUAUAAGGUCCCCUGGUGGGCUGGUUGCUCUCCUCUUUGCAUCUCCUCGUCCAUUUCUCCUCCUCCUCUGUACUCUAGAUCCCUUUAAGGAGUGAGACCAUGGCUCUUUUUUCCUCUCUACGCUCCCCUGUCCUCCUCCUUUCCCUCUUGCUCAUCUUUUCUCUGCCUCCUUCCUGUUUCCCGGAGUCCCAGCCUGAAGAACCGUCUCCCCAGCCCUCUGUCUCUCCAGAUGCUUCUCCAGAGACCUACAGUAACCUGACAGAUAAAGAUGACGGCGCUGUCCUUAACAAGAAGUGCAGCGAACCGGUCGUGUGCAAACCUGGAAUUAUCCUGCCCGUAUGGAAGCCCAUUAAUCCCAGUCUCGCAGAACAGAUCGCCCGGGCCGUCUUGUACUUCGUCUCUCUCAUGUACCUGUUUCUGGGAGUGUCCAUCAUCGCCGACAGAUUCAUGGCAUCUAUUGAGGUCAUCACAUCACAGGAAAAAGAGGUGACCAUCACCAUGCCCAAUGGAGAAACAUCAGUGGCAACCGUUAGAAUUUGGAAUGAAACCGUUUCCAACUUGACCCUGAUGGCACUUGGGUCAUCUGCCCCUGAAAUUCUCCUGUCAGUCAUCGAGGUAUGUGGUCAUGGUUUUGAGUCUGGUGAGCUAGGUCCGGGCACCAUCGUGGGCAGCGCUGCAUUUAAUAUGUUUGUGAUCAUUGGGAUCUGUGUGUGGGUGAUUCCUGAUGGUGAGGUGAGGAAGAUCAAACAUCUCAGAGUCUUUUUCAUCACAGCCUUCUGGAGUAUCUUCGCUUAUAUUUGGCUCUACCUGAUCUUGUCCAUCAUCUCACCGGGAGUUGUGGAGGUAUGGGAAGCACUAGUUACUCUCUGUUAUUUUCCCAUCUGUGUGAUCCUGGCUUGGAUUGCCGACCGCCGUCUCCUCUUCUACAAGUACAUGUCAAAGCGCUACCGUGCUGACAAAAGAACGGGGGUUGUUGUGGAGACGGAGGGGGAGAUGACUCCUAAAGGUAUGGAGAUGUUGAUAGAUGGGAAGUUUCCACUGAAGGGUGGAGCUGUAGGAUUCAGUACACAGGAAAAUUGCCAGGACGGAACCAGUAACACAACAGGUGCUAUGGCAACUCUACCCAACUCCAACAGCACAACUGUUUACUUGGACGGCGCCAAAGACCUGGACGAGAGUCGUAAAGAAGGAAUCCGUAUCCUGAAGGAUCUAAAGCAGAAAUAUCCAGAUAAGGAAUUGGAUCAACUGGUGGAGUUGGCCAACUACUAUGCCCUUCUCCAUCAACAGAAAAGUCGUGCCUUUUACCGCAUCCAGGCCACACGCAUGAUGAUCGGAGCUGGUAACGUGUUGAAGAAACAUGCAGCUGAUCAUGCUCGCCGUGCUGCCGUGGUGGGCGGUGACGAGGCUUCAGAAGAGGACGACCUGGCCGUCUGCAGUCACAUUUCCUUCGAACGCACACACAUACAGUGCAUGGAGAACUGCGGCACAAUCGCAAUAGCCGUGGUGUGUCGAGGAGGUUUUGGAGAGAGCACGUUCUACAUCGACUACUGUACAGAAGACGGUACGGCCAACGCAGGCUCAGAUUACGAAUACUGUGAAGGAACGCUGGUGUUCAAACCAGGAGAAACCAGAAAAGAGAUUAAGGUGGGCAUCAUCGAUGAUGAAAUCUUUGAGGAGGAUGAACAUUUCUUUGUGCGUUUGCUGAAUCUGCGUGUCGGUGAUGCGGAGGGUAUGUUUGAGAGUGACGACACGGAGCAUGGUCCAAAGGCUCGGCUGGUGGAACCACUGAUGGCCACAGUCACCAUCCUGGAUGACGACCAUGCAGGGAUCUUCACUUUUACAGACCGUCUGUUGCGAGUGAGCGAGAGCGUGGGAACUAUGGAAGUGACGGUGGUCCGGAACUCCGGCGCCCGUGGAACUGUCAUCAUUCCAUACCACACGGAGUCUGGAACAGCCCAGGGGGGAGGGGUUGAUUUCGAGGACACACAUGGAGAACUGGAAUUCACCAAUGACCAGACAACUCAGACCCUCCAGGUGAGGAUCAUUGAUGAUGAAGAGUACGAGAAACAUGAAAACUUCUUCAUCGUUCUCGAGGAACCUCGCUGGCUGAAGAGAGGAAUAUCAGAGGAUCCAGAGGGACAGCUGAGUGCAGAAGAGGAGGAGGCAAGGAAGAUAGCAGAGAUGGGGAAACCCAUUCUGGGGGAGCAUAGUCGACUGGAGGUUGUGAUCGAGGAGUCUUACGAAUUUAAGAGUACCGUUGAUAAAUUGAUCAAGAAGACUAACCUGGCGCUGGUCAUCGGCACUCAUUCUUGGAGAGAGCAAUUUGUUGAGGCUGUGACCGUCAGUGCAGGUGAUGGGGAUGAAGAUGAUGAGGAGGGUCGCGAGGAACGUCUUCCAUCCUGCUAUGAUUACAUCAUGCAUUUCCUGACAGUCUUCUGGAAGGUUCUGUUUGCGUUCGUUCCGCCCACGGAAUACUGGAAUGGUUGGGCCUGCUUCAUCGUGUCCAUUACUGGAAUUGGGAUCCUUACUGCAAUCAUUGGGGAUGUGGCGUCUCACUUCGGUUGCACUGUAGGCCUGCGUGACACAGUCACUGCGGUGGUGUUUGUGGCUCUGGGCACCUCUAUUCCAGACACAUUCGCCAGUAAAGUCGCUGCUACUCAAGAUCAGUAUGCAGAUGCAUCCAUCGGAAAUGUCACUGGCAGCAAUGCCGUUAAUGUUUUCCUGGGUAUUGGUGUGGCUUGGUCCGUAGCGGCAGUCUACUGGGCCAUCAAGGGCAAGCGAUUUUAUGUGGACCCUGGGUCACUUGCCUUCUCCGUCACCCUGUUCACUAUUUUUGCAUUCAUCUGCAUGGGGGUACUGCUCUUCCGGCGUCGACCUUCUAUCGGCGGAGAGCUGGGCGGACCACGUGUCUCACGCCUCCUCACUACCCUCCUCUUUCUGGGUCUGUGGUUCCUCUAUAUUCUCUUCUCCAGCCUAGAGGCCUAUUGCCAUAUUGAGGGCUUCUGAAAACCACUCAGAGGAGAAAUGCAAGUCGCAACUACAGAAAACACUUGCUGCAUAACACACUGAUAUUUCCAAACAAAUUUAGGGUUAUUUUGAAGCUGGAAGCGUGUGAGGGUUUUAGUUUUGCUGUAAACGUUUCAUAAGCGAAGUACACACAAACACAGACACAAAUCUUUACACAAUUAAUGAAUCGCAGAAUGCCCUUUUACAAGAUCAUUCGACUUGAAGUGACCAAGAACCCCAGUAGAAACAAUGAGGGGUUGGUUCAGGACCAAAGGUGGAACAGAGAUAAAACAAGGAGUGCUGGACAGAGGAGCUUAUGAAAACAUAAAGCAAAGCAUGUAGCAAAGUAGGCCAAAAGGGAGAGUAAUGUACUAAAACAAAAGAGAGGGCAUUGCUGUAAAAUAGUCACAUAUUUAUCUUUUUGCCUCUCAAGCUCAUGGGCUGAAUUGACAUUUAAUACAUUGUUACAUUACAGGACUUUGUAUGGAUAAACGACACAAUAAAUCAGAAUAAAGACAUAAGGUUUCUUUAGAACAAACUGACAAACUUUUAUGAUGGUGAAGUUUGAGGUGUGCAGCUCAAUGCUUUAAAAAAAAAUGCUGCAUAACAUAACAGAUCAGUAGUAUUU